GAGGGCCGAGGCGGGCCGAGGCGGGCCGGGCGGUGGGGACGACGGACGGCGACUAUGGCCGCGGCGGCGGGCGGCGGCGGGCUAGGGGCGGCGGCGGGCGCCGCAGGCGCGGGAGGUGCGGCGACGGCCGCGGGCCUGGCCGUUUAUCGGCGGAAGGACGGUGGCCCGGCCAGCAAGUUUUGGGAGAGCCCGGAGACGGUGUCCCAGCUGGAUUCGGUGCGGGUCUGGCUGGGCAAGCACUACAAGAAGUAUGUUCAUGCGGAUGCUCCUACCAACAAAACACUGGCUGGGCUGGUGGUACAGCUUCUUCAGUUCCAGGAAGAUGCCUUUGGGAAGCAUGUCACCAACCCGGCCUUCACCAAACUCCCGGCAAAAUGUUUCAUGGAUUUCAAAGCUGGAGGCACCUUGUGUCACAUUCUUGGGGCUGCUUACAAGUAUAAAAAUGAACAGGGAUGGCGUAGAUUUGAUCUACAGAAUCCAUCCCGAAUGGAUCGGAAUGUUGAAAUGUUUAUGAACAUUGAAAAAACAUUGGUGCAGAGCAACUGUCUGACCAGACCCAACAUCUACCUCAUUCCAGACAUUGAUCUGAAGUUGGCUAACAAAUUAAAAGAUAUUAUCAAACGACAUCAGGGGACUUUCACUGAUGAGAAGUCAAAAGCUUCCCACCACAUUUAUCCAUAUCCUUCCUCACAAGAGGAUGAAGAGUGGUUGAGACCGGUGAUGAGAAAAGAUAAGCAGGUGUUAGUGCAUUGGGGGUUUUACCCAGACAGCUAUGAUACUUGGGUCCAUAGUAAUGAUGUUGAUGCGGAAAUUGAAGAUCCACCAAUUCCAGAAAAGCCAUGGAAGGUUCAUGCGAAAUGGAUUUUAGACACUGAUGUUUUCAAUGAAUGGAUGAAUGAGGAGGAUUAUGAGGUGGACGAGAACAGGAAGCCCGUGAGCUUUCGUCAGCGAAUUUCAACAAAGAAUGAAGAGCCAGUCAGAAGUCCAGAGAGAAGAGAUAGGAAAGCAUCAGCUAAUGCUCGAAAGAGGAAACAUUCGCCUUCCCCUCCACCUCCUACACCCACAGAAUCCCGGAAGAAGAGUGGAAAGAAAGGCCAAGCUAGUCUUUAUGGGAAGCGCAGAAGUCAGAAAGAGGAAGAUGAGCAAGAAGAUCUUACCAAGGACAUGGAAGACCCAACACCGGUACCCAACAUAGAGGAAGUGGUGCUUCCAAAAAAUGUGAACCCAAAGAAAGACAGUGAAAACACACCUGUUAAAGGAGGAACUGUCGCAGAUCUAGAUGAGCAGGAUGAAGAAACAGUCACAACAGGAGGAAAGGAAGAUGAAGAUCCUAGCAAAGGUGAUCAGAGUCGCUCACUUGACCCUGGAGAAGAUAAUGUGACAGAGCAGACCAAUCACAUUAUUAUUCCUAGUUAUGCGUCGUGGUUUGAUUAUAACUGUAUUCACGUGAUUGAACGGCGUGCUCUUCCUGAGUUUUUCAAUGGAAAGAACAAAUCCAAGACUCCAGAAAUAUACUUGGCAUAUCGAAAUUUUAUGAUUGACACAUAUCGCCUAAACCCCCAAGAAUAUUUAACCAGCACUGCUUGUCGGAGGAACUUGACUGGAGACGUGUGUGCUGUGAUGAGGGUUCAUGCCUUUUUAGAGCAGUGGGGGCUUGUUAAUUACCAAGUGGAUCCAGAAAGUCGGCCCAUGGCAAUGGGACCUCCUCCUACUCCUCAUUUUAAUGUAUUAGCUGAUACCCCCUCUGGGCUUGUGCCUCUACAUCUUCGAUCACCUCAGGUCCCUGCUGCUCAGCAGAUGUUGAAUUUUCCUGAGAAGAACAAGGAAAAACCAAUUGAUUUGCAGAACUUUGGUCUUCGUACUGACAUUUACUCCAAGAAAACCUUAGCAAAGAGUAAAGGUGCUAGUGCUGGAAGAGAAUGGACUGAACAGGAGACCCUUUUGCUCCUGGAGGCCCUGGAGAUGUAUAAGGAUGAUUGGAACAAAGUGUCAGAGCAUGUUGGAAGUCGUACUCAGGAUGAAUGCAUCCUCCACUUUCUGAGGCUUCCUAUUGAGGACCCAUACCUUGAGAAUUCGGAUGCUUCCUUGGGGCCCCUGGCCUACCAGCCUGUCCCUUUCAGUCAGUCAGGAAACCCAGUCAUGAGCACUGUUGCUUUUUUGGCAUCUGUGGUGGACCCUCGCGUGGCAUCUGCUGCAGCAAAAGCAGCUUUGGAGGAGUUUUCUCGGGUCCGAGAGGAAGUGCCACUGGAAUUGGUCGAAGCUCAUGUCAAGAAAGUGCAAGAAGCAGCACGGGCUUCUGGGAAAGUGGAUCCCACCUAUGGCCUGGAGAGCAGCUGCAUUGCAGGCACAGGACCUGAUGAGCCAGAGAAACUUGAAGGGGCUGAAGAGGAAAAAAUGGAAACAGAUACUGAUGGUCAACAGCCUGAAAAGGCAGAAAACAAAGGGGAAAAUGAAACAGACGAAGGGGAUAAAGCACAAGACGGAGAAAAUGAAAAAAAUAGUGAGAAGGAGCAGGACAGUGAAGUUAGUGAGGAUACCAAAUCAGAAGAAAAGGAAACUGAAGAGAACAAGGAACUCACUGAUACUUGUAAAGAAAGAGAAAGCGAUCUUGGGAAGAAGAAAGUAGAACACGAAAUUUCCGAAGGAAAUGUGGCCACGGCUGCCGCAGCUGCUCUCGCCUCAGCUGCAACCAAAGCCAAGCAUCUGGCUGCUGUGGAGGAGAGAAAGAUCAAGUCUCUGGUGGCCCUCUUGGUUGAGACACAAAUGAAGAAAUUGGAGAUCAAACUUCGACAUUUUGAGGAACUGGAAACUAUCAUGGACAGAGAGAAGGAGGCUUUAGAACAACAGAGGCAGCAGUUGCUCACUGAACGUCAGAACUUCCACAUGGAACAGCUGAAAUAUGCCGAAUUACGAGCCCGGCAGCAGAUGGAACAGCAGCAGCACGGGCAGAACCCUCAGCAGGCACACCAGCACUCAGGAGGACCUGGCCUGGCACCGCUUGGAGCAGCAGGGCACCCCGCCAUGAUGCCCCAUCAGCAGCCCCCUCCCUACCCUCUGAUGCAUCACCAGAUGCCACCACCUCAUCCACCGCAGCCAGGUCAGAUACCAGGUCCAGGUUCCAUGAUCCCUGGGCAGCCCAUGCCAGGCCGCAUGAUUCCCACCGUUGCAGCCAACAUCCACCCCCCCGGAAGUGGCCCAGCCCCUCCUGGUAUGCCUCCAAUGCCAGGAAACAUCUUAGGACCCCGGGUACCCCUCACGGCACCUAAUGGCAUGUAUGCCCCUCCGCCGCCGCCGCCGCCGCCGCCGCCCGCUGAUGGAGUCCCUCCGCCUCCCGCUCCAGGCCCACCAGCCUCAGCCGCCCCCUAGCCCGGAGGAUGCAGGCAGCGUCCACGCCCAGCGCCGGCAGCUGCAGGGGGAUGACGAGACUUGUGCUCCGCGGCUUCCUCGGGUUUCUUUUAGGAUUUUUCUUCUCGCAGCCCCAAGCACGCAUCCCGUAUUUCCCCGUCCCUCUCGCCAGCCCUUGCCAUGCCGUGACGCGUGCUGUGUCAGGUCCUCCGCCGGCCUGGGUGGGGGGGCGGGUAGCCUGCGUCCCCCUGACCUGGUGUGGGGUAUACUGACCGUUUCUCUGCAGGUCCUGUCAGCACGAGAAGUUCAUUUCUGUUGUUUCAGUGCUCUCCCCUCAGUGUUUGGCUUUGUCUGAUGCUUACGUAGCUCAUGCUUUAGAAUCAUUAUGUUUUUUUUUUUUCUUUGUCAUUGUUGCUUUAAAUGAGAGCAUCCUAAGUUCAUAGGAACCAAAAAAAAUGGUGAUGGGCAGAGGAAAUAGCCAGAAGGGACAAACCUAAAGGCAUUAUAAGUGACCUUAUUUCUGCUAAUCUGAGCUAAGAUUGGUGCUGAUGGUGAAGUUUCAUGAGACUUUUGCCCCACAUAGACGCACCAAAAUUCAAAGAGUUGGGGACAGGGUGGGACCCCACUGAUUUUAUUCCUGGUGAGGAAUGGGAGGACCCCCGCCCCCCCUGCGUGGCCCCUUUUGUACCUGGUAGGGGAGCGCAUUAGAGCAGACCUACUCCUUCCCUGGGCCCACUGGUUCUGGCUUACCGUAGAGAUGAUUGGUUGGAUUAGGGGUGGGAUCUGGGGAAGCGUUUCUUCAUUCCCUAGACUAACCAGGAACAUUUGAGAGUCUAGGGACAUGACUACCCACUGAGUCUAGUCCACUAGUCACUGCUUUGUACUCAUUCUUUUUUUCCCUCCCCCUCUUUAAAAAAAAAAAAAAAAACCUUUAAAAAGGAAAAAAAAAAGUAAGUAGAUAGUGCUAAACAUUUUAGCUCAUGGAACUUGGUUUAGGAUGGCUGGGGGGUUCAAGUCCCCAAACUACCUCUUGCAGUCCAGGGUGAGUGGGGUUUAGUGAAGCGGUACUUUAGGUUUGGGACGGGAUUGGAGAAGUGGGCCGGGAUCAAGGGCCUCUCGUCCCUUCUCCCUUCCUUUUCUGACAUCUCACAUUCCAUCUGUCGCAGGGCUGUCAGGGAGAUGCUGGGGUGUUCCAAGGCACUCAGUUGGCAAUCAGAGCGUCAUGCUUUGAGGGUUCGGGUACUCGGACUGAGAGAUCGGAAUGCCAUUCCAGAGGAGGAGCCACAAACAUGCCUUAACUCGAGCCCAUUUCUACCCCUGCUGAUGAAUUACUUGAGAGUUCUUGGUUUUCUCUUCUUGUGCUUGUUCCCUCCCCUCUAUCCUUCCAUGGAUGGGGGAAGGGUGUGUUUGGUGGAUCUUGAUUUCCAAAGCACCUGGCCUCUUCAUGUCACAUUCUCAAGUGGCAGUUUUAUUAUUUAGAAUGCAAAGUGGAACACCUUUUGGAUAUCUUUUUCUAUAUAUUCUGUAAAGCUUUACAUAUGAGAGGGUGUAGGGAGGUGUUUAUAAAACACCUCAGAACUUCCUUCCUUAGUAUCAGAAAGCAAAAAAAAUAAAUAAAACCAUAAUUAAGAUUUGCCUUUCAAAACCCUCAGGUGUUGCCUCUAACCAGGUGGCCCUGGUCACCAUCUGAGUACUGGAACCAAGGAAACCUUGUUCUUUUGCGUGUGUGUUCUGGACUCUUGGAGUGGAAAUGAGCUUGUUCCUGCUGGAGUUGAGUUCCAAUGCAUUUGCCUCCAGAAAGAUCCCAGUGCCUUUUGACAAUGGCCAGGGUGUUCCCUAAUUCCCGCCAGUCUUUCCCAAAGGAAACUCAUUCCAAAUACUUACCUUUUCCACUGGGGUCUUAGAAGGAAAAUGGAAUUCUGGUUCAUACUGUGGUCCCUUGUAACCUCAGGUCUUUAAUGUGAUCACUUUCAAAUUUAAAAGAUCCAGGUGGGAAAUAUUUUUACUAUGCUGAUAACAAUUCUACAGAAUACCUGAAUUCUUAACACUGUAUGUUUUCAAUAUAAGUGGUGACUUUUUCUUUUCAUGUCUUUGAUCUGGUUUCGUUCCUGUAAUAAAACCACCCAAUGUGGGGGUGGGGGGGGGAAUAAUAUGUGGUUUUUGUACAAACGUGUUUCUCAGUGUGUUAUUUUGGAAAAAUGAAGGGAGGGGAGUUUUGGGAGAUUAGAAGAAAUUGAUCAAGAAGACCUAAUCUCCCUCUUUUUUAGUGAAUAAAUAGAACAUUUCUGGA